AUGGUGUCAGGAGCCAACAACACCAACAAGCCUAAUGGUGAUGGCAAGUCCCGAUUCCCUUUGUCGGCUCUGAACAAGAACCGGCAAUUGGCCGCUGCUGUCCCGGCCACAAACUCCAAGAAGAACAUCGGCAACGCUGCUACCAUUGCUAUUCCUCCAAACAGUGUUAAAAACACGGCCAGCGCACCAACUCGUACGGUCAAUGUCAGCAAUGUGGUCAACGCUCAAAAUACCGUCGAUGCCUUGGACGACUUCGAACAGCCGAAGUACCAUGCUAAGAAAGCGCAGACCAAGCAGACGAAGCAAGCAGUAGAGGAGGCUCGUAAAGAGGCCGAGAACCCCAUCACAUGCGCCACCAGCAGCGACUGGAUCCUCGAUAAGGAGAAGAGACAGGAACGUGCGCAGAUCAUGGCGACUCAGACUGCCAAGCACGCCUACAAUCAAGCUGUCCGUCUCGAGGAUGAACGUUUGCGCAAGCUACAGGAGAACCGAUUCACGAUUGGACAGAAAGGUGUUCAGGCUCCCAAGAAGGCUCGGAACGCGACCGUCAAGCACGGCGUCCUAUUCGACGACCAGCAGCCUGGCUUGGGCCACAAGUGCACAUUCCAAGAUCCAAGCGGCAAGUGGUGGUUCUUCAAACCGCGCUUCUGGAUCAUUCGGAACCGCGAGGUCAACACCGUCACCGAGGUUGCAAUCCUGAGCAACAACGAUACAGGUCUGAAGCACACGCCAGUUGAGACAUGGACUGAGUACAUCAAUAUCAAGCCCAAGGGUGCCUCAUCUUCCUACGUUCCGCAGAGAUCUGGAGCUCCAGUCCUCGAGCUUGCGACCAUGUACAGCCAGCGACCUUUCGAUAGGGAGACUAUGGUUGUCCAUGUUGGUAGGCCGGAGACUCGGGAGGUGGAUUGCGAUGAGUUGGAGAAGAUUGGUCGUCUAGAUAAGAAGAGUUUGGACAUUGUGAUUGCUGAGGGUAAGAAGAGGGUUGGAAAGCGCUCUGUGAAGGCAAACAAUUAG